AUGGCUGAAAGUGGUGGGAAAGAAGAAAUAAAAUGGACGACUACAGUUAUUAUUAGCUCGUCUCUUAAGACCUAUGAAAUUGCAACUGCCCUAGAAAAUCAAAGCCACAAGAUUCGGUAUUCAGAUACAGUGGAAAAUGGAUCAAUCAUAUUUUCUCUUUCUGGAGUUGCAUUUUUAUUAAUGGACGCUAAAGAAUGCAUUAUGUCAGCUGAAGAAAUAUUUAUAAACAAAAUUGAGAAGUUUAUUAAUAUUCACAAAAAUAGUUUUUUGGUUUUGUUUGCUGCCCUCCAUGGGCCUGAAGAAUGGAAACUGAUGUUCAGGAUUCAGCAGAGAUUCCUGGGAAGUAACUUACGGAUACUUCCAGUACACAACACAGCAAAUGCUAUUAGUCUUAUGUGCACUAUUGCCAAGACUACCUCCAAACCAUACAUAGAUAGCAUCUGCUAUAGAAUGAUAACAACUAAAGCUUACAUCAUAGAACAAAGUCCUGUUUGGAAAAUGCUUCAAAAGAUAAAACUGGGUGGAGAUGCAAUUAACCCGAAUUAA